GUUUUACAUGUACAAAAAACUUAUAUCUUCAUAAAAGAGUACACAUAAAUGAAAAACUAUUCAAAUGUGAGCAUUGUCCUUCACAAUUUAGACUUAAAACUUCAUUAAGAAAACACUUAGCAAUGCACACAGGAAAAUAUAAGUGCAAAGUAUGUUUGAAGUGUUUUGAAAUGAAAAAGGAACUUUUGCUGCACGCGAAAACUCAUUUUGAAGAGAAAGUCAUAAAGAGAAGUGUUGAAAAGAAAAAAGUCACGUGUGAACAUUGUUCUAAGGUUUUUUCUCAAAGGCAUUGUCUCUUAAAGCAUCUAAGUAUUCAUACUGGUGAGAAGCCUUUUCAGUGUGAAUUUUGUUCACGGUUCUUUAGACAGUUGUUUACAUUGAAGGUUCAUAGAAGGAUUCAUACUGGUGAGAAACCAUUCAAAUGUGAAUAUUGUUCAAAGUCUUUCAGGGAAAGGGUACAGUUGAGAAACCAUAGGAGGAUUCACACUGGAGAAAAACCAUUUAAAUGUGAAUUCUGCUCAAAAUGCUUUAGAGUUAAGGCAUCAUUGAGAAUACACAGAAAAACACAUACUGGUGAAAACUUCGCUGAGGUAAUGAAUGUUUUCAACAAAAAUCCAUCUUGAUCAAUCAUGUGAAGAUGCAUACCAUUGUUUAUGAUAAGAAUAUUGUAAAUCUAUCAGAUUUUGUCAAUUUGGAUAAAUGCCCAAGACAAAGUUAACUGUUAAUAAAUUAAAUUAACGAGUUUAUCACAUAAAGAGAGUUGAAAGCCAACAAGAAACAUUUUACCUGCUCAAAGAACUCAUUUGGCUCAUAGUGAAAAACUUUUUUAUAUGAGGUCAAUUUUGUCAUGUUACAGCUGUUGUAUGUAAAAUAAAGAAUAGGUAUGC